UGUGACUGUACUAAUUGAUGGUGAAUAUAAUAACACAUGAAACGCUCUUUACUAAUUUUUGAGAUCAUUAAAAACAUAUUUAGACAAAGUCAAGUCGAGGGACUUUAUUUAUAAAGAUGUUUAUAUUUUAGCUUAGUCAUUAAUUAAUUUAAAAGUUAACACAGAUAGACACAAAUAGAAUAUAACUGGAACAUUGCACUUUGUUGUUUGUUUAAGAUAGACUCAUUAUCGGUAAUAUUAUGCAGAAAUUGUCAGUCUUUAUAUGCAGCUGGUGAUUCUUGCAUAUCAUUUAUAAGCUCUUUUCUUGAUAUCUCAUAAUAAAGUUUAAAAACUUCCAGUUACACUUACUUAUCUAAAAAGCUUAUGUAACGGUGCAACGUCAUAGCUACCGACUUUUUAAAAUUUAUUUAUAUAGAAUCAAGUUUUCAGUAAUUGAGUAUUUUACAGAAUGUCACAUGCAGUGUUAAGAGGUAGCCCGAAUCCAAGUCAGCUCUAUUUGGAUGAGAUACUAGAUCAAGUUAGGAAAAAUGCGAGUGAUAAUUCUGUCAAGAAAGAACGACACAAAGUUGGUGUUGGUGAAAUCAUUUAUUAUUCUAUGAAACAGCACCCAGAUAAUGUCUAUAUGAUAAACGGCGCUACUGAUGUAAGAAUAACCAACCAGCAAUUACUUGAUAAAGCUGUCCCUUUGGCACGCACUUUUACCAAUAUGCUUAAGAAAGAGGCUAUCGUCAUGUUCGUGAUGCGAAAUCACCAAAAUAUGGCAGCAAUAUAUUACGCUUCAUUAUUUUCUAAUGUCAUUCUAUUUCCAAUCGAACCCAAUUCUACUUUACAUGAACUCUGUCACUUCAUAGCUCUUGUUUCACCGUAUAUUAUAUUUUGUGAUCAAGAUCAAUACAAGGAUGUCAGAAAGGCAGUAAAUGAAACAAAGAAAUCCAAUAUUAAUGUAGUAAUAUCCGAUGACAAAAACUUGGAAUUAUUUUGUAAAGGUCAGAGUGCUGAUUUAGAAAGUUAUCAGGUAACAGAAGCAUUACCAGAAUCGCAAGCUCUCCUUAUACCUACCAGUGGAUCAUCAGGUCUUCCAAAAGCUACAAUUUUAACACAUGGCGGUCUUGUAGCACAAUUGCCCACGUUAUGGACCCAUUCUAAAAAGUUUCCCCAACCAACGAAGUCAUCGCUUCUGUUAUCCACAGCUCAAUGGUUAACACAUACCAGUCUAAUAUGUUCCUGCCCUGUAUAUGGAGUAAGUCUGCUGAUGACAUCUCGAAAGGCCAAUGUGAAUCACGUUCUUGACAUUUUAGAAAAGUACCGACCAUCAUGGACGCUAUUAGGACCCAUUUUUGCGAAAAAAUUAGCUGAUAUAGCGACCCCUAGUCAGCUGAGUUCCCUUGAGACAGUAGUUACUACUGGAGCUCCACUUACUGAAAACAUUGUUUUGACGCUGAAGGAAAAGCUCCCUCAAAAAGCUUUAUUUAACAAUGGAAUGGGAACGACAGAGACUCACGGUUUUAUAACGAUGCCAUCGCCUGAUAUGCACUGGUCUUCGAAUGGUCAUAUUUCCAAUACAGUUUUAUAUAAGAUUGUUACGGAAGAUGGCCAAGAGGUCGACGACAGUGAAAAAGGAGAGCUUUAUAUUAAAAGUGAUUUAUGUGUUUUUAAGGGAUAUUACAAAAAUGAUGAAGCCUAUAGAGAAUUGAUGACUGAUGACGGCUGGUUUAGAACCGGCGAUAUUUUUUAUAGGGAUUACAAACAUGAAGUGUAUUUCGUUGAAAGGAAAAAGUUUUGGUUCAAAUACAUGAACUAUCAAAUAGCACCUGAAGAAGUAGAGGGUGUGAUAAGCUCAGUAACCGGGGUCCUAGAAAGUGUGGUAGCUGACAGCGUCAAAGGUCCUGCUGCUGCUGUGGUUUUGAGGACUAACCUCGGGUGCGCUGAGGAACAUAUAAGGAAACUUAUACAUCAUACAGUUAAUUGUAAGUUUCAAAGAACAAUCUAUCACUCUGAUGGUUUUGUUUGUAAGUUUUCAUUUAUAUCUAAGUAAGAUGACCAGUUCUAUAAUAAAUUGGAAGAUAUCCUCAGAAGUUCAGACCAAGUGCAAAUGCAUAAUGGUUCACAAAACAUUACGUACUUCAUGAAGAGAUAAACAGGUGCAUGCCGAGCAACUCUGAGCAUCUCUCAAAAUUUCCUAAUCCUCCAAUUGAGCAAGCUGGCCGAGUCUCAAGACUGAGGAUGAAGAAGUUCCCCUUUAAAGGAAGUAGUGGUGCUGGCCGGCUCUCGUCUCAUACUUAGUUGCACUCAACAAAUUUGCAUAGCUGCUUAAAAGGUCAAAAGACUAAUCGUAAAUAUUCAUUAUAAUAAAAUGCAUCACUCCAUGUCAUUAUGGCGUGAGAGUAUCUAUUUAUGUAUCAAAAUUUUAACACCGGGAAACUAUUUUGUGCUUAUUUAUACCCUUACAGAGGGCCAAGUUUAGGGAAAUGUUUUGUUUUACAGACUGACAGUAUGCGAAGAAAAUAGUUAUUAAGUAGCAAACACGAACAAUUCACAAAUAACGCCAACACUUUU